GUAUGCUAACAGAUAUCUGCGCCGUCCAGUCCGGUCGAACCGUCAUCAGUAUUACAGUAAUAAUAAUAAUACACAGCCCGAGGCGAGCAAUGACGUCCAAAUGAUCAUUACACCUACAUAAUAUAACACCGUCCGCGAAUACAUUUUUUUAUCGGUAAAAAGUACCUAUACUAACUUGUACUUGUAUCGAAAUCGCAUAACCCGUCCAAAUAUCGGCGGCGACGAUGUCCGUGCUCGGCGUUUACCUUGCCCAGCUGAUACUUCUUGUCAGCUGCGCGCAGUGCGUCAUGUUCUCCGAUGGACAUUCUUCUGAUUCGGACGUUGGAGGCAAUGUCGACGAUGGCGAAAGAAGUAGCGAAAACAACGACCCCCUAACUCCAACGGUCAGCACGGCAAUCAAGAGCUGCCUGGCAGGAGCCGACCCGUUUUUGCCUUGUAUCAAUGGGCAUGCUAUGGCCGCUAUCGAACAGACGGAAUCCAUGGACUCGGUGCUCUUGGAUUCGGGGCUGGAGAUUUCCAGACGUCCUGGCGGAGAGGCGUUUGCCGCUCCCCGAGGAGUCUAUUCUUUAGGUGAUAACCCGUACAACAUCGGUGCAGUGAUUGAAGCUGCGUCUUCGUUGCUUUCCAGGCGAACGUUUUGUUGGGACUUGGGUCUCUUAUAUCCGGGACUGCAGAUGCGAAUCGGACCAACGUAUACCGGUAGAGGAAUAAUCGAUUUUAUUGUAAAUCCCAAACGUAAAUUUGACGAGCGAAGUUUGGGUUUCGGACACAUGAUAUUCAAAAGAUCAUUAUUGCCAAACGUGUUGGCUACGCAAAUAAGUAUCGCUUCCGUUAUUCCGAUCAUGUUUGCAGUGUUGUAUUUUCUGACUAAAAAAGCUUUUAUUUUGUCAAAAAUUGCAUUAGUCGUCACCAGUGUAGUGGGAUACGGUUCGUUGUUUCUACACCACAACAAGAAGCCAAUUAUAGGCCAUUCGUUAGGAACUCAUCAAUUUUACGAUAAAAAUCCGUUUGGUGGUUUAUAUCAUAGUCCAGUUGGUGGUCAUCAUCAUCAUCAUCAUCAUCAACCAAUUGGUGACCAUCACAACGCGUUCAUUGGCGACAUCAGGGGUAACAAGUUUUAUGAGAACUUAAACGCGUUUCAACAGAUUUCUUCAUCCAAACCGUCAUCGAUUUUCCGGGGAGUCAAUUAUUUUCCACAAGAAGACGAUAAUAAUAAGUAUACGGAAUCGGUAGACAGAAAAAAAAAAGAAACGGAAUAAAUGUAAGCAUAUUGCACCAAUCAAAUGGUCUUGGCAUAAUGUUAAUAUGUAUGAUAUUAUUUUCUAAAUAUGCAAAUGUUCACUAUUACAUAAAUAA